AUGAACAAGAGUAAUCAUGCUGGUUCGGUGACCGGUUCGGAUAUAAUUGACGCAAAGAUCGAAGAACAUCAACUUUGUGGAUCCAAGAAAUGUCCCAGCUGCGGCCACAAGCUCGAAGGGAAACCAGAUUGGGUUGGUUUACCAGCAGGAGUGAAAUUUGACCCAACGGAUCAAGAAUUGAUAGAACAUUUAGAAGCAAAAGUCUUAGUUAAAGACAUUAAAUCUCACCCUCUCAUUGACGAAUUCAUCCCCACCAUUGAAGGCGAAGACGGCAUUUGCUACACUCAUCCAGAGAAACUCCCAGGAGUGACUAGAGAUGGUUUAAGCAGACACUUCUUUCAUAGACCAUCGAAGGCGUACACAACGGGAACAAGAAAGCGAAGAAAGAUUCAAACGGAAUGUGACAAUAAUAUGCAAGGAAGUAGUAGCUCCGGUGAGACGAGGUGGCAUAAGACCGGUAAGACAAGACCGGUUAUGGUUAGCGGCAAGCAAAAAGGUUGUAAGAAGAUUUUGGUUUUGUAUACAAAUUUUGGUAAGAAUCGAAAACCGGAGAAAACCAACUGGGUAAUGCAUCAAUAUCAUUUGGGGACACAUGAGGAAGAGAAAGAAGGAGAGCUUGUUGUGUCUAAGAUCUUUUAUCAGACUCAACCUAGACAAUGCAAUUGGUCAUCUUCUACAUCAAGCUUGAACGCUAUAGGCGGUGAAGGGAGUAGCGGUGGAGGCGGCGGAGAGUAUCAUAUGAGGAGAGAUAGUGGAACUACUAGUGGUGGGAGUUGUUCUUCGUCUAGAGAGAUUCUUACUGUUAAUCCUCCAAAUCGAUCUGAUGAAGUAGGCGGCGUUAUGGCUGUAGCGGCUGCGGCGGUUGCAGCUGGUCUUCCGAGCUAUGCCAUGGAUCAACUUAGCUUUGUUCCGUUUAUGAAGAGCUUUGAUGAGGUGGCGAGGAGGGAAACUCCGACCACCCAAGCUACAUGUGAGGAUGUUAUAGCAGAACAACAUCGUCUUCGUCAUCAUCGUCAUCAGGCAUCACCAUCAUCAACAUCACAUCAUGUGGCUCACGAUCAUCACCAUCAUCAACAUCACCAUCAACAACAACAACAACGGCAUCAUGCAUUCAACAUAAGCCAGCCUACACAUCCAAUAUCAACCAUCAUUUCUCCAUCUACUUCGCUUCACCAUGCCUCCAUAAAUAUCCUUGACGAUAACCCUUAUCAUGUUCAUAGAAUCAUGCUCCCAAAUGAAAAUUAUCAGACACAACAGCAGCAACAACAUCAAGAACGAGAAGAAGAACAUAAUGAUGGGAAGAUGGGAGGAAGGUCAGCCUCUGGAUUGGAAGAGCUCAUUAUGGGCUGCACUUCUUCUACCACUCAUCAUGAUGUAAAAGAUGGAUCAUCAUCAAUGGGGAACCAACAAGAAGCAGAAUGGUUGAAGUACUCCACGUUUUGGCCAGCCCCUGACUCUUCUGACAACCAAGAUCAUCAUGGGUAA